AUGGCUCAAGCAGACGACAAAAAGACCAAGAAUAUCGCAUUCUUUCAUCCCGACCUUGGGAUUGGCGGGGCCGAAAGACUGGUCAUCGACGCUGCCGUCGGACUGCAAAACCGUGGCCAUAAAGUCGUGAUCUUCACCAGCCAUUGCGACCCCCAACAUUGUUUCGACGAAGCCCGAGACGGCACGCUCGAUGUCCGCGUCCGCGGCGACUGGCUGUUCCCGGCGUCCUUCCUCUCGCGAUUCUCCAUCGUCUGCGCCAUCCUCCGCCAGCUACACCUCAUCCUCUCGCUCUACUUCACAUCCGAACUGGCCCGCUUUGGCCCCGAUGCGUUCUUCGUCGACCAGCUCAGCGCGGGGGUUCCGCUCCUGCGGCUCCUCUACCCCGCGACGCGCAUCCUGUUCUACUGCCACUUCCCGGACCUGCUGCUGGCGCAGGGCCGAUCGGCGUGGUGGAAGCGCGCGUACCGGGUGCCAUUUGAUGCUAUCGAGCAGUGGAGCAUGAGUUUUGCGGAUGCCGUGGCGGUCAAUUCCGGGUUUACGAAAGGCGUGGUGGGGCGGGUCUGGCCCGAGCUGGCGAAGCAGAAAGAGCUACAGAUCAUUUAUCCUUGUGUGAGUAUUAAGGAGACGAAACCUGAGGACGACAAGGCGGCGGCGCCGUGGGGCGACAAGAAGACGAUCUUGAGCAUCAAUCGCUUUGAGAAGAAGAAGGAUAUAGGUCUCGCUAUUAAAGCCUACGCGGGGCUUGGGAAGCAGGGCAGGGAAGGUGUGAGAUUAGUGAUUGCCGGUGGCUAUGAUAACCGCGUGGUAGAGAAUGUCGUAUAUCACAAGGAGCUUAUCAGCCUAGCCGAAUCACUCGGCCUCAAGUCCGUAACCACGAGAACGAUCGUCACAGCGCUCACCAUCCCCAAAGAUGUUGACGUCCUGUUCCUACUCUCAGUUCCGAACACGUUGAAGGAUAUGCUGCUCAGCUCCUCUCGGCUGCUCGUCUAUACCCCUUCUAACGAGCACUUUGGUAUCGUCCCGCUCGAAGCAAUGCUGGCUGGACUUCCUGUCCUGGCGGCCAGCACAGGCGGGCCCCUCGAGACGGUUGUGGAGGGAGAAACCGGUUUUCUCUGCCCCCCUGAAGAAGUUGAGAAAUGGACGACGGUCAUGGACAAAGUAUUGCACAAGAUGUCAGAUGAAGAGGUUCGCAAUAUGGGCAAUGCCGGUCGCGAAAGAGUAAAAGCAGAGUUCUCUAACAUCAAGAUGGCGGAGAGACUUGACGCCCUCAUUGACGGCAUGGCCAAGGUCAACAGAAAGAGCACUGCAGAGAUCUAUGGGUUUUCCUUCCUCGCGAUCAUAGCCGUCCAUCGCAAUAGACGGGUAGCUGCGUCUGGAUGGCUCGCAGCUGAUCGAGUACAUAACGAACACCCAUCCCACUGUGCACCACACAGACACGCCGCCAUGCUGUUAAUAACGCUCCCUCCGCCCGUCAGGAUGCGGGCAGCUCGUAGCUUUAUCCUCUAUGCGAUGAGCAGCUCCAGAUCCCCGGUUGGGAAGCAAGGGGGCUCCAGAUAUUUUUCGCAGGUCGUGGGCCAGAAGGACGGAAAAUACUCGGCGGUGGUGGUGGGAGCGGGACCAGCUGGUGUAGCAGCCGUGGGGAAUUUGCUGGAGCAACAGAAGGCUCCAAUCCUAUGGGUGGAUGAUGUGUUCCAGGGAGGACGUCUGAAUAAGUACUAUCGACUGGUUCCCAGCAACACCAAAGUCAAACGGUUCGUAGACUAUGCUGAAGGGAUCUCUCCUUUCCGAGACAUUAUCAAGGAGACUCCGACUCCAAAUGCCUACAGCCAUCUUAAAGACCUGGAUCAGGAGGCCACUUGUCAUAUUGCGGAAGCUGCAGAUCUCUGCAUCAUGCUUACCAAAGCGCUGGAUCAAUCGAGAGGGGUCUACAAGCAGCCAGGGCAAGUAUCUGCUGCAUCGUGGUCCCAUUCAAAGAAUUGGAGCGUGAAAAUCGAUUCCCAAGACGAGAAGCUCCCUGGACCCAUCACCGUCUCCUCCGACCUCCUCGUCCUCUGCACCGGCUCCAGCCCCACCUCAGGGCCGCUGCCCCCUAGUAAGGCGCUCGAGAUCGGGCUAGACCCCGCGCUCAACCCUCCCGUGCUCGCCCAAACCAUCCCCUCCUCGGCGCCCACCACCAUCGGCGUAAUCGGCGCGUCUCACAGCGCCAUCCUCGUGCUGCGCAACCUGUACAACCUCGCGCGGACGACGCACCCGCGGCUGCGCAUCAAGUGGUUCACGCGGCACCCGCUCCGCUACGCCGAGGAGCGCGACGGCUGGAUCUUCCGCGACAACACGGGGCUCAAGGGCGACGUCGCGGUGUGGGCCCGCGCCAACCUCGAGGAGGACCGCUUGCCGACCUCGGACGUCAGCAGGUUCCUGGAGAAGGUGCCGACGACGAGGGAGCGGGAGCUGGACGUCUACAGGGAGCAUCUGCCCGCGUGCACCCAUGUCAUCCAGGCGAUUGGGUUCCAGCCGAAUGCCCUCCCGGUGCUGGAGAGGGAGGGGCAGAAGCUGAGCGUCAAGUAUAAUCAUAGCACGGGGGCUUUUGAGGAUGAGCAGGGGAAGAGGGUUAAGGGGCUUUAUGGGGCCGGGAUUGCGUGGCCCGAGAGGGUAGUCGAUCCCGAGGGGAAUACGGAGUUUGCUGUUGGGCUGUUGAAAUUCAUGAACUAUCUGAAGAGGGUCGUACCGGAAUGGAGUGCAAACUAA